CUUCCCUCGAGGGGGACGAUCAGGAAAAGAUGCACAACUCUCGAUGCCUGGGCACUACCGAAGCAAGAAUCGACGAUCGCACCGGAAAAUGUUUGGACGAACAAAGAUAUGGAUCCUGUACCCAUCUCAGAUCAGACAUGGGGCAUUUGGACCUGGGUAGCNAUAGUAAGCCAAGCUGCCACCUAUAAUCUACACAUCACUGAUGCCGGAAGAAGUUGGGCUACCGACGUUAUCAACCUGGGCACCUGGGAGACUGCCAGCUCAAUCAUCCAAGUCGGGUUGACCUGGCGUGAUGCUAUACCCAUAAUGGCCGUCGGUACGCUCUGCGUUGCCAUACCUGUUGUCCUCAACGGUGCAAUGGGUGCCCACCUUCAUGUUCCGUUCAGUGUCAUCGUACGUUCUGGAUUUGGUUACUACUUCGCCUACUUUUGUAUUGCAUCACGAUGUAUCUUGGCCAUGUUCUGGCUGGGCAUACAGAGUGCGAAUGGUGCUCUCGCUAUGCAAAUCAUGAUCAUGGCGAUCUGGCCGUCGUUUGCUUCCUAUGACUGGAGUGGACCGAACAACACAAGUGGUGGUAUCAGCACUGCGGGCAUGAUAGCCUACUUCCUUUUCUGGAUCAUACAGCUUCCUUUGCUCUUAAUACCUCCCACUCGACUACGCUAUCUCUUUAUCGUCAAACUGAUCGCAGCUCCCGUCACAGCCAUCGCGACUCUUGGAUACAUGGUCCACAAAGCGGGUGGCAGCGGCGCAAUCUUCUCACAACCAGGCACAGUGACAGGAGAUACCAGAACAUACCUCUGGUUAAGCUGCAUGUCUUCUGUAACAGGAGUAUGGGCAACCCUCGCUGUAAACGUGGCAGACUUUUCUCGCUACGCCAAAGGUCGUGCAGAUGGCAAACCGAACCACGCACAAUAUGUUCAACUACCAGCGUUACCCAUACUAUUCACUCUAUGCGGUGUCCUUGGUGUCAUCACAACCUCGGCAUCCAAAGUGGUCUAUGGCGAGUUCUACUGGAANCCCUUGAACAUUGUGGAGCAAUGGCUCAAGAAUGGUCAUGCUGGAAGAGCGGCAGCUUUCUUUGCUGCAUUGAGUUGGUUUAUUGCUCAGGUGGGAACGAACAUUACUGGCAACUCUAUCUCUGCAGCUAACGACUUGUGUGUCAUGGCGCCGAAAUAUAUCAACAUUAGGCGCGGAUGCAUUAUUGCUGCUGUUGUGUCUUGUUGGGUUAUGGUGCCAUGGAAGAUUCUGUCUGAUGCGAAAACAUUCCUCAGCUUCAUGUCUGGGUACUCGGUGUUUCUUGCUCCUAUGGCUGGCAUCAUAGCAGCCGAUUACUGGCUCGUCAAGCGCCGUCACAUUGAUGUACCAGCUCUUUACAACCCACACGGGCGCUACAGAUACAUCUACGGUGUCAAUUGGCAAGGCUUAGUUGCAUUUCUCAUCGCCGUGUGUCCCAAUCUUCCGGGUCUUGCCAACUCGAUUAACGGCAUUUCCAUCUCUGCAGGAGCCAAACAUCUGUACUCAUUUGACUGGCUGUAUGGCUUUGUAUGUAGUGUCGUUGUUUACACUGUGCUGAGCAAGCUGUUCCCUGCGAAGGAGGCACUGAUAUCGGAGUCAAUAUAUUCUCUGGAAGUCGUGGAAGGCAAAGAAGCGAGUCCAGAUCGGGAUGUUCAAGGUGAGAGUAGAGGCGUGUUUGAGAAGAAUGGUAGAAAUGUUGAUGCUGUCGAUGUUGGCAAUGUUUUUCGAUGCUGGAUU